AUCCGACGGAUGAGGAACUGAUAGCCGGUUACCUGAUGAAGAGGGCAAUAGGAGAUGAUAUGCCUCCGCAUCACAUAUUCACAUGGAAUUUUUUUACGAUUGCACCAUCCCUCCAUCUUCCCAAGAGGUUGGACUUGCGGGAACUGGUAGUUGGCUUAAAUCAGAUCCCCCAAAGAGGUUUUCCAAGGGGUGCCCCUAUAGGUUCCAAGGGGUGCCCCACGAAUUGGCUUUUAGACGUGUUCUCUAUGCCUCAUCACUCUCAGCAGGAAGGGAUCAUGUGCUAUAUGCGUUUACCUCGACGCUCCUGUCGGGACCCAUACCGGCGGGAAAUGGGGGCUAGUGGGAGUCAUCGAAAGUGGGUGUAACCCCAAUCGAGGUUUUGGUUUUGCUCAAAAUAAAGAGGAAAGUGACUA